GCGCGUUUUAACGGUUCCUGAGUUCAUACGAUAUACGGCGUCCAUGUGAAGUUCUUGGGCUCCUACACAAAACAGAAGCCGAGGUUGGACCGCUUCGGUACAAGAUGCAUACCUGGCACGCCCCCCUUCCAAUUAAACCAUGCAAUUAAUUCAUCUUGUCCUGCUGCUGGCCUUGACGGCAAGUUGUGCACACGCCUUCUUUUUAGAAAGCUGGAGCUUUAAAAACUGGAACGAUUACGCAGACGACAAAUCAGACAGCACUGCAGCAUGGCGCGAGGAGUGGAGCAUUAACCGAUGGUCCUGGCCUAGAAGCGGCGGCACUUCAUACAACAACCACAGAAUCGUUGACGAUCCAGCUGGUGGCAGUGAAAAAGUGCUGCAGGUCACUUACCCAGUGGGAAGCAGCAAUCCUGCAGGAAGUCCACAAGGCGGUAUAGGAUUUUAUGCGCAGCCCAUCACGCUGCGACGUGAAGCCAGACUUGUCUCUUUUGAAUAUCAGGUUUACUUUCCGGAUUCAUUCACAUUUGUCAAGGGUGGUAAAUUGCCAGGUCUUUACGGUGGCCAUGAAGGAUGCUCAGGAGGUUCUGAUUCUGAGAGUUGCUUUUCUACCAGAUUCAUGUGGCGUCGUCAAGGUGAUGGUGAAAUCUAUGCUUAUAUGCCUGAAAGCAAGCAGCGCGACACUCUUUGCGAUGAAGAAGGAAACAUUUGCAAUCCCAACUAUGGCUACAGUCUCGGCCGUGGCUCUUGGAGGUUCCAGAAGGGCGAAUGGGUCAAGAUCCGUCAAACCCUCAAACUGAAUCACCCUGACAGAUUGGAUGGCAUGGUGCACGUACACGUUAACGGGAGACUCGUCUAUAGCGAAAACCAACUGGCAUUGGUUGCUCGAGACACUGAUAAGAUCAUUGGCGUUGCAUUCCAUACUUUCUUUGGUGGUUCUGGGAUUGACUGGGCGCCCGAGGAAGAAAUGUACACUUAUUUUAAGGACUUUACCAUUGCAGCAUUCUAUUAA